CCAAACCUUUUGCUAAAUUUCGUCUUAGCUUGCAACAAUUAGCAACAUUGGUGUUCUUCUUGCUAUUCCCUGUGGAUUUUGACCCUUACUUAUCACUUUACUUAGUCUAGUGAUUUAGUUAGGUUUGUUUGAUUUUAGGAGGCUAGUAACGACCUAGUUUUUCCUUUAUCAAAAAUAUAGUACAACUUUUAUGAGACUAAUUGAAAGAGACAUGAGUAUAUAAUAAUAAUCUAUCUGAUAAGGUCCAAUUUGAACUCUAAUAGAAAGAUGAUUAUAACAGUUUGUAUCACAUUGGAUAUUAUAUUCAACUUCAUGUUUAAAUCAAACUGUCAUAAUGUACAAAAUUCAACCCAAACCUAAUUAGUACUAGAAUGUCAAAACGUAAGUGCAAACAAAGUUCUUAACUGCAUAGGUUUUACAAAAACAUAUGUGGAAAAUGCACCAGUUGUUUCAUAUCCUCCUACCAUGUCUUUUAUUGACUUUCUUAAUGUUUUCUACCACCACUUGCACCACCAUUUCCACCACCGCGAAACCCGGCUGUCCUACCAGAUGUGGCAACAUAACAAUUCCUUACCCAUUUGGCAUCAGCCAAGAUGCAGGUUCAUGUUCCCUUGAUAGAUGGUAUACCAUUGUUUGUGACACCACCUUUAACCCGCCAAAACUAUUAUGGGGUCCUAAUAAACUUGAGGUCAUAGACAUUUCUCAAACCGGACAAAUGAGAAUCAAGAACGUCAUAGCUCGUAAAUGCCACGAUGAGCCCUUAUUUGCAGAAGCUACAAAGUUAGACCUUCUGUCUCUCCGUUUACAAGUACUACAUCCGGAGAUCACCUCCCCAUUUAUGUUUUCAGACACAGAAAACAAGUUCAUUGUCAUUGGUUGCGAUCAUAUGGCUUUAAUAACGGAUGAUAUUAACUCCAGAUAUUCAAGUGGAUGUAUUGCUACAUGUUCAAGCCAAGAAACUGUGAUUAAGUAUAAUGGCUCGUGUUCAGGGAUCAGUUGCUGUCAAACAUCCAUCCCUAAGGGAGUCACUUUUUUACAAAUGGAUGUAUUUUCCAUUAGUGCUAACCAUAGCACAGUGACGAAGUUUAAUCCAUGCGGUCAUGCUUUCUUAGGUGAGCUAAGUAAGUUCACCUUCAAUGUAGCUGAUCUUUCUGAUCCUACAUUCAUGAAUAGAACGAGAGACAAAGUACCAAUUGUGCUUGAAUGGGUUGUUGGUAAUGACGAAUAUUGUUAUCAAGCUCAGCAAAAGCUGGCUAGUUAUGCUUGCCAACAAAAUACCAGUUGCAUAGACUUUGAUAUUGGCUCAAGAAAAGGAUAUCGUUGUGGUUGCAUCAAGGGUUACCAAGGCAACCCUUAUCUUAGUCCUGGAUGUACAGAUAUAGAUGAGUGUGCGGGUUCAAACAAUCCAUGCUCGGACAAUUGUGCCAAUACCCCUGGUAGUUUCAUAUGCUCUUGUCCUGAAGGACAUAAUGGUGAUGGUUUAAAGACAGGGAGAGGUUGUCUCAAAGAUAAUUCACAGAGUGUUAUGACGUUCAGCAUAGGUAUCAGCUUCGGAACUUUGUUCUUGCUGAUUUUAGUGAGUUGGAUAUAUUUCACCAAGAGAAAAAGGAAGCUUAUGAAAAUUAGGGAAAAGUUAUUUGACCAGAAUGGAGGAUUACUACUAAAACAACAGCUUUCUCCAACAGAAUCAUCCAAAACAUUUUCUGCAGAUGAACUAAAAAUCGCGACUAAUAAUUAUAGUGAAGAUCGGGUUUUAGGUAAAGGUGGUUUCGGCACAGUAUACAAAGGAACACUAAAGGAUGGUCUUGAAGUUGCAAUCAAAAAACCGAAAGUAGGAGAUCAAGAUAAAUCUCAAAUGGAGGAGUUCAUAAAUGAAGUGGUUAUCUUAAUGCAAACUAACCACAAAAAUGUGGUUAAACUCUUAGGAUGCUGUCUUGAGACUAAAGUUCCCCUCCUUGUAUACGAGUAUAUCUCUAAUGGUACGCUCUUGGCACAUAUCAAAAAAGAAGGCACUUCUUGGCUAAACUGGGAAAAUUGCAUCAGGAUUGCAACAGAGACAGUGGAUGGACUUGCUUAUCUUCAUUCAGCUGCUCUGACACCGAUAAUUCAUCGAGAUGUUAAAUCUGCUAACAUAUUGCUCGACAAUAGUUACACAGCGAAAAUAGCAGACUUUGGUGCUUCAAGACUAGCACCCAUUGAUGAAACUCUAGCAGCAACUGAUCAUCUUCUAGGAACAUUUGGAUAUAUUGAUCCAGAGUCUAUGCAUACAGGUCGGUUAACUGACAAAAGUGAUGUUUACAGCUUUGGAGUGGUUCUUGCCGAGCUAUUGACCAAAGAAAAAGUACUCUCCCCAGAAAGAAACCCAGAAGAAGUUGGUUUGGCCAAGUAUUUUGUGUCGUCGAUGAAACAACACCGGUUGCUUGAAAUCCUUGACCCCCGGUUGGUGGAGGAGGCAAGUCAAGAACAGCUCCUUUCAGUGGGUAAGCUUGUACUGAAAUGUCUUGAUUUUAAUAGCGAAAAUAGGCCUACAAUGAGGGAAGUCGCUCUUGAAUUAGAUGGUUUGAAGAAGCAAAUAAACCAUCCUUGGGAUAAGACUGAUGAGCAAACCUAUGAGGAGACUACCAGUUUAGUAGGCCAACAGGAUCUCUACCCUGCGUCCUCAACUAGUUAUGGUGAUAGUUCUAUCACAAGUACUGUGGAAUAUUAUGGGCAGCAUUCAGUGCGAAGUGCGAACGAUUCAAUAUGAUCACUGAUAAUGAAACGGCAUCCUCGUAAAUGCUUAAAACUGGUAAACCAACUGCUACCUUUAAGUUGAAGUGGUGAACUUUCAGUGUGAAAUGUGAAUAGCUCUAUUUGGGGGGCUUUUGUUCUUAAUUUGAGUUCCUCUGUCUAAAAGCUAACAGAAAAUGUUAUGUUACUGUAUGUCCUAAACCUAGAUAUUAAUCAACAAUUAUGAUCAAACUUGAAGUCUUUUGACCAUAAUUGUUUUUUACCAGCAACUACACUA